CUUCUGAGUUUCCAAAUGGAGACAUAGUCGAGCUGCGUCUCCUCCACCCUCCACCUGAACAAGCUCCCCCCCCCCUCCUUCCUUCCUUCCUCCCCUCCUCCUCCUCCUCCUCUCAUCACCUCCACUUCAUCUCCCACCGACCCCCCACCCACCACCACCACAACUGCCCCUAAUUUUCUCUCUUUUUCAUCCCUUCACUCUUCCUCACCCUCUAAUUCCCUUUACAGCAUUAGCGGCAUCACUGACAAUCACACAUCAUCUCCUGUCACGGUCCACAGAAAAGCCGCGACUGGCUAUGCCGCAGCUCUCAUAGAUGCGGCUCAAUGCAACCACUCCCUCGGACAAGUCGAGUCCGAUGUCCACAGGUUGUCCCUAUUCCUCCGGUCCGUGCAGCUUAAAGAAAUCUUUAGCAACCCUUUUGCGAGCCAUGCUGACAAAGAAAAGAUUCUCGAGGAAAUAUCGAAGAAAGCGAGGUUCCACAGGCACCUGGUUGCCCUAUUGAAGAUGUUCGUACGCAAAAACCAAGUCGAAAUGGUUAGUGAGGUGUUGGAGGAAUUCAAGAGGAUCUACCGUGACAUGAUGGGUGGAUCAGGAGCAGUGUUAUCAUCGCAGGCGAUGAAAAGGGUCGAUGCCGCCAGUGUAAGGAGAUCAUUCACAGUUGAUGAGACAUCGGUUUCUUUUGCCAUGUGAUGGUAUAUGUUGUCUAUUUGUGUUGGUUUGACACUUCCCUUCACAACUUUGUAUUUUAAUAUUUAAAUCGAUUAUGUCAAUUUAGAACA